AAACUGAGAUAAGAAACAUAUGUAGAAUGUGUCACAAAAGUUUUAUACCAGUAAAUAAAGGAACAAUGAAGUGAAUUAAUCGAUUUAAAAAUUCCGCUUAAUGUGCGUUUUAACAAUGGAUAAUGAGACAUUUGCUACACGUAAUGAAGCCAUUGACUUUGGAAGAGAUUAUGAAUAUUUAAUACCAGCCUAUUACGCCCUUAUCUUUGCAUUUAACGAAAACAUAAUCAAUUUUAAACUAUCAACAAACAACAAGGCCUACGGCGACUUUGACGAUGUCAUUAUAGAAAUAGAAUUUGCAAAUGGAGAAGAACACGUAUUUGCCCUUCAGUUGAAACAUAUUAAGCGAACCAUUGCACAAGUUACAUUAAUAACCAACAAUAAAAAGUUUAGCUUGAGCAAGUACAGCAAGGAAUUUCAAACAGUCAAAACCAAACAUUCAAAAUCUUCACUUGCUACGACAAACUUCAAAAAUUUCCAUUUUAUUUUGUUCACUAAUUCUUCUCUUGAGAAAUCAAACGAAAUUAAUGAUAACUGGAGCAAACUAGAACCAGUAGCCAAUGACAAAAAAAUAGAAUCCGAUGUUUUAAUCAAGAAAGUUGAGACGUGUUUUGCAAAGGACCUGCUUAAUACAAGUGACCUGGGAGAAACUUUUGCAUUCAAGUCGCAGAAAGAAGAUUCGCCCGAUCAAGAGUUUUUCAAGCAGUUUUAUUUUUUUACAAAACAGAAAAAUACCAAUGAAAUUGAAAGUCUAAUCAGCGAUUUUAUGCUGAAAACAUUCAAGACCUGCAACUCCAACAUUUUGCUCAAUUAUUUUAACUUCUUCAGUUCGUGGUGUGUCGGAGAAUACGGCAGUUUAAAACUGACGAAGCACGACGUCAAAUUAAAAAUUGCAGAACUUGUCCUGGCACCUCACAUCCCAGAACCUAACACUCAAAAAAUCAAAACUGUUCCCACCAAAAAAACCUUGGAAGCUUUUGAAAUUUUUGCCACAUUUGAUUUAAUCAUUUUUAAUCCUGUUUUCAACCAAGCAAUGGACAGGAUUUGGGAAAUUGUACUGAGGGAACUUGUGUCUCUGGAGUGCGACUGGAACGAUCCAAUUCCCGGUUUUUAUGCGACAGAGCUUUCGAAGUUAUUCCCACUAUCGGCUUUCAGUGAAAAUUAUAACGAAUUAACAUUAAAGAAAAUAUACAUUAUGCUGUGGCACGCAGGACGCGUUCCGUUGGUGAUUCAAACUGACAAAAAUUCAAUCAACGAAGACGAUAUUUUUGUUGCUUUAGAAUUGAUUAAAAGUGAGAUUAACACAAAUAAAAUUGUGCUAAUAAGUGAUGCGGACAAGUUUGAUACUUCAGGACUGAAAGUUUUUAAAGAUUUUUCCGUUUUGAAAAACUGCAGUCUGGCUCAAACGCUGCUCGAUACAAUGGCUGUUUCACUACAAGGGAAACCUAAAUUAUCUCUUCAACAUUUCCUUGCAACAGAUGAGCUUCUCCUGAAAGCAUUUACAACAAACGAGUUUGUCUCUAUGCUAGAUGACACUUUACUAAUUGGGGACGACUGUAAGAAAGUUUUACCGGAAUAUUACAUAACGAGGACAAUUCCAAAAAUUUUAAUUAGUUCUGAAGUGAUAACUGCGCUUGACAACGACUUGUUUGUAAUCUCAGUCGAUGACAAUCAUAAUCUACAAGAGAUCUUCAACAUCAACACAAUCGACAUUAAACAAUACCUCCUCUUGAAGGAACGUGGUUACGUGAAAACCUACACACUAUUUAGUUUAUCUUAUUUACAAAAAUCGGGCAAGACGAACAGCUCAAAUAAUAGAUUCUGUAUUUUGGCUAAGAAUGACUGCACCACAAAAGAACGUGAAAGGAUUUGCUCUUUAAAUACAGACAAAAAUUGUCAUUUUGUUCGCUUCAUCGACACGGACAGAUUAGAGUGGAUUUAUACCCAAGGAGAUAUCAGAGCUUUACAGAAUUAUCAAAUCGAGUUGAAACUGUUAAAACCAAAUGAUUUUGUGGACGACCAUCAAGUUUUAUGUUACUUCAAAAAUCGGCUUAACAUCAUUUGCACCGACGCAGGCAUGGGAAAAACGAUUACAACAAAUUACCUCAAGUACUUAUCUUCAAACAACGUUUGGGUGGUAACAGUCAAACUCAAUCGUCACUUGAAUUUUUUCAAAGAAAAACGGAGCCUCACCGAAACGAUCAACUAUUUACUGUCACAAGAAAAGAAGUCGCUGCUUGCUAAAAAUAUCAUUGAUGUUUUUGAGUCCAAGAAACAGUUAGUUUUCUUUUGGGACGGUUUUGAUGAAAUACCUAAAGAAGCUCUCCACGGAGCGGUUGAAACAGUUAAGUCUUUAAGUCAAGAAGGUUAUAUCCAAUGGUUAUCAGCCAGAACCAACUUGAAGAAAUUCCUAGAAUUGUCAUUCAAUUCGUUUGCGUUAACUCUCACGCCCUUUACUCCAGAAGAUCAACUUGAUUACGUCAAGUGGCACUUGAAGAAAAAAAUUCCAAAUGACGAAUCAGUUGAAACAAUCACCAAUAAAAUCAACGAAAACAUUUCUGCUUCAUUCAACAGCAUUUACCUGGAUUAUGCUGGAAGUCCGCUUCAUAUACACAUGUUGACUGAAAUUUACUUACACAAACUGGACGAAGGAAUAGAGGAUUAUCACUUUGUUUCGCUAACUGACAUGUACCAACACUUCAUCAAAGGAAAAUUUGACACGAUGUUUGAAAAAGCGGAAGCUGAUUCCGAUAAUUUCUUCAUGGAGCAAAUUCGCAACGAGUAUAAAACCACACAGUUGAAAUUAUAUGAAAUCGCAGCUGUAAAGUCAACAUUUGAGGAUAUAGACCUGAAAUGUGAUGAACUUCUGAACGAAAUUUCAAUGAAUGAAGACAGUGUGGGCUUAAUUGUGGGGAUAACAACUGAGAGGAAGGUUAUUUUUGCCCACAAAACCUACGAGGAGUUUUUGGCGGCAUCGUGGUUAUCUAAAAACUGGAAACAACGUAAAGAGUUACUUCUGACUUUGUUUGAAGAAGAGUUUAACAGUAUCCGAUUUCUGUUUGAUUUGUUGCUUGCAAACGACAGUUCUGUCCACUUAGCUGUGCUUCAUCGUAAUAUAGACAUGCUUGAAAAGCACAAAGACGAAAUUGUUGGUAGUAGGGACAAAGCCGGUCGCAAUGCACUACAUGUGGCUUGUUCUUGGGGACGGAGACAUCCCCGAGUGGUGGAAAGCGAGGUUGAUCAAGAAAUUAUUGAACGAACACCGGAAGAGUUUCAACAGUUAUAUGAAGACCAUCUUCUAUAUUUGACUGACAAAAACAAGAAUAUUUUAAAAAUAAGAGACAUAUUGUCUAGUUCAUCAGGAUUAGAGGUGGGAAGUAAUAUAAUCAGAGACUUAUCCAGUCGGAUAGACGACAGUUCCAAUCACAAUCCAGAUGCGUUAACAAUUUUGGCCGAAACCGUCGUCAGAGUUUCGGAGGAAGAUCAAGACUAUCUGAAAAUUUUAGAAUUCUUGUUAACCUGUCAUUGCAAUCCCUUGGAUUGCGACGAUUUAUUUGAAUGGAACGCUUUCCAAUAUGCAGACAGGACCUUUUCUCUUGCUGCAGUAAACAAAAUUUUGCAGUACUGCAACGUAAAUAUCUGCCAAACACUGAAUUACUGCAAUCACAUUCCAACCCUCAUCCAUUACUCUGUGACUUUUUUCUACGACAAGAUACUCAAUAAUAUAGACGACAUUCCUUACAUUGAGUACAAAUAUCAAUUUGGUAGAAACUCUAUGUUACAACAGGCCACAGACUUAGACAAUUUGCAAGCAGUAUCAACAUUGCUACAGUUCCCUUUCUACAAAGACGUCGUAAACAACCAAGGUGCAUUUUUGGGCAACCCUCUCUUCUCAGCAAGUUUUUGUGGUAAUUUGGAAAUGGUUAAUCUAUUGCUACAAAUCGGUGCAAAUGUUCGUGGUCACAAAUCGCCUCCUGUCUUUGCUGCCACACUUGCUAACAAACAAGAAUGUUUCCAAAAACUACUGGAAGCGGGUGCAGACGUAAAUGAGAUUUUUAGAGACGGAAACUCUCCUCUUAUGUUGUCGGUUAUGACUCAGCAAUUAGAUAUGACAGAACUUCUCCUUAACAACAGUGCUGACGUAAACUGUGUAUACAAGGACUUUUCAGUUUUACAAAUGGCCGUUAGCUCGAAUUCAGUUGAACUGGUAGAGCUUGUUCUCAAACACAAACCAAACAUCAAUCGUCAGUGUGAAACACUAGGCUACACAGCUCUGCAUCAUGCGAGUGAAAUGAGCAGUGUUGAAAUGGUAGAGAUUUUGUUAAAACAUGGCGCUGAUCCGAAGAUAAAAUCAAAUAAGUUGUACACUCCUCUGAUUGUAGCUCUGGCAAAUAAAAAAUCAGACAUUGCCCUAAAGUUAAUUGAAGCAGCUCCAAGCACAGUAAACGAAUUCAGUUUAGAUGACAACGGAGACAAACUCACUCCGAUGAUUCUUGCAGCUCAGUAUAACCAUCCCGAAGUUAUCAAAAUUUUGCACCAGUGUGGCGCUGACGUUCACAUCCCUGAAAAUCUUUCUAAUCCUUUACACGUUGCCGUUGGUAAUGGUCACAUUGCUGCGACAAUUGCAUUAAUCAAUGCUGGAGCAUCGGUUAAUCAACCCACUAAAGAGGGAGUCUAUCCUAUAUUUUGUGCAACUAAACAUUUACCCACUCUCCAAAUUCUUCUUAAUAAUGCGGCUGAAAUCAAUGCCAAAACUGCAGAUGGGUUAACAGCACUGCACCUUGCAGCAAUCAAUGGAAAACUGGACGUGGUCGAAGAGUUAGUAACAAGGGGAGCAAAAAUUAACGACAAAGAUUUAAGCGGAAACACACCUUUGGUUUAUUCUGUCUUAAACAACCAUCUGGACGUGGUGAUUUUCCUGACGGAGAAUGGGGCCAAAGUUGAGGAUGAUUCCAGACUCUUGUGUACAGCGACAAAUAACGAUUUUCGCGAAUGUAUACCAGUUCUCGUACAAAACGGUGCGAACGUAAAUGCAAAAAAUGUAGACGAACUUUUUCCUCUACAUUUGGCGCUAAUCUGUAGCAACAGCUGCGUUGAAGUUCUACUAAAUAAUGGAGCAGAUCCCGAUGUCAAAUUUUCGGACAAAAAUUUGGCAGCUCUCCACAUUGCGGCCGUUAAACGAGAUAUUUUUUCAAUGGUUUUGCUAACUAGUUACGACGCCGAUGUCAACACAGUUAAUUCCGACAGACUCACACCUUUACACAUCCUGUGUGACGGUGAUUUAACACUUCAAGACUUCCAAACCCUGACACACUUUGAACAUAUUCGCGACCAAUACUCCAUCGGUUACAACUCCCAUGACUGUAUUAAGGAACUGAUCAAGAAAGGUGCAAAUCCAAACUUUCAAGACGAAAUGGGCGCAACGCCUCUACACUUCGCUUGCAAAUACAAAAACACUGAAAUUAUUAAACUUCUGAUUGAUAGUGGUGCUGAUGUGAAUGCACAAACUGCUGAGCAGCAAACUCCACUGCACAUAGCGAUGGCAUUAAGGAAAAUGCAAGUUGUUGACUUGCUUCUCGAGGCAGGUGCCCUUUUGGAUAUUACAGACGAAUACGGAAAUAAGCCACUCGAUUAUGCCUUAAAGCGAAUGGGGUCACUGGAGAUAAGCCAUGUGGAAGAAGAGGAAUUAGAAAAAGUGCGCUUAUUGGGUGCUAACCUUAACUCUCCUGUGAAACCUCACGGAACGACGUUAUUACAUCUCGCCUGCAGUGAAGGAAAUUUAAAACUUGCUCAAUACUUGAUAGAACACGACGCUGAUAUGGAGCAGAAAACCACAGAUAAUGGAGCAUUUCCACUAUGGAAUGCAUGCGUGAAUAACCACAAACAAAUAGUUUCUCUCCUUUUGAAGAACAAUUGCAACGUAAAUACCCAAACUAAAGAAGGGAACACUGUUUUACAUCUCACUUUGCUAAGAGGUCACAAAAAAAUUAUAGAAACACUGCUCCACUCGGGCAUUGGCGUCAACAUUCGCAAUGCUUAUGGAGUUACAGCUUUGCAAUUAUGCUUAACCAUGUACACUAUUAUUAAGAAUCCCUCGGCUGUGACAAAAAUCCCCGAAAUAUGCUCUACUGACAAUUUGUUACAUUUAACCCCCGAUUUAAAUUAUUUUGAGAUGGUGAAUAUGUUGCUUGAUCACGAAGUUGAAGUUGACGAAGCUUGUUUCCUCCAAGCUGUAACAUCAAACGACCUGGACGUAGUCAAGUUGCUUGUUGCAAAAAACCAAAACUUGAACUUCAACAAUGCGAAAUUAGUUGAAACAGUGCUGAACGCUGAAGUGAAGAACGACCAACUUCUAAACUAUCUUCUAGAAAAUGAAACGGAUCCAAACUGUCUAAUUGGUGAAACAACCGCGCUUCAGAAAGCUUGCAAAAUCGAUUGUUUCGGUUUCGUAAAGUGCCUUUUACAACACGGGGCAGGAAUAAACACUGGAGGUAUAAGUGGGGUAACUCCUCUAAUGGCAACUUGUUCAAAUAAAGAUUUGCAAAUUGCCAGUUUACUCUUAGACCAUGGCGCUGAUGUUAAUCAGAAAGAUGAAUACGGACAGAGCGCUAUACUUUAUGCCAGUCAGAUGGGUAACUUAGAUUUGGUAAAGUUGUUACACGCAAGAGGUGCCAAUAUUUCGCUGGAGAAAAAUGACGGGACCACUGCUCUCACUUUCGCUUAUCGGCAUAAACCCGUAGUUAAAUAUUUGAUCGAAAAUGGAAUUGACGUUAAUCACAGAAAUAACAUUCUGUUCACUGCACUGCAUUCCGCGUGUUACAGCGGUGAAUACGAAUGUGUUGCUCUUCUCAUCGAAAAUAAAGCCGAGGUGGAUGCAAUCACGGUGGAUGGUGAUACGCCAAUGUAUUUAGCUGCUAUCAGUGGCCGUUUUGAUGUCGUUAGCUUACUGAUUGAGUCAGGAGCCGCAAUAGAUGUACCAGUUAAUCAUGGAAACACCAGUUUGUUUGCAGCAGCCGCGAGAGGUUUCUUAAGCAUUGUUGAAAUUUUGUGCGAACACGGUGCCAAUGUUAAUGUCAUAGACGAGGAUGGUGACACUCCGCUUCAUGAUGCUGCAUGUUAUGGAUACUUAAAUGUUGUGCAAUAUUUGGUGGCGAAAAAGGCUGAUUUGGCAGUUAAGAAUCACAAUGGUAAAACACCGCUGGAUCUAGCUGUUGAAAAAGGUCACGACGACGUGGCGGAUUUCUUAAGAAAUAUUAGUGUUACAUAAUUUUGUUUACUGUUUAUACUCUUUACAUUUGCUGUAAAUAUAGUGCCUUCUUAAUGAGUUU